UGCGCGCGCUGGCCCGGCAGCAUGGCGGCGGCGGCGGGCGCCCCUCCGCCGGGUCCGCCGCAACCACCUCCGCCGCCGCCGCCUGAGGAGUCGUCCGACAGCGAGCCCGAGGCAGAGCCCGGCUCCCCGCAGAAGCUCAUCCGCAAGGUGUCCACGUCGGGCCAGAUCCGCCAGAAGACCGUCAUCAAAGAGGGGAUGCUGACCAAACAGAACAAUUCAUUUCAGCGAUCAAAAAGGAGAUACUUCAAGCUGCGGGGGCGAACGCUGUACUAUGCAAAAACGGCAAAGUCGAUCAUAUUUGAUGAGGUGGACCUGACAGAUGCCAGCGUGGCUGAAUCCAGCACCAAGAACGUCAACAACAGUUUCACGGUUAUUACUCCGUGUAGGAGACUCAUCUUGUGUGCCGAUAACAGGAAGGAAAUGGAAGAGUGGAUUGCAGCGCUGAAAACUGUCCAGAACCGGGAGCACUUUGAGCCUACCCAGUACAGCAUGGACCAUUUCUCAGGGAUGCACAACUGGUACGCCUGCUCCCAUGCGAGGCCGACCUACUGCAACGUGUGCCGGGAGGCUCUGUCCGGGGUCACGUCUCACGGGCUGUCCUGUGAAGUGUGCAAAUUUAAGGCCCACAAGCGGUGUGCAGUGCGUGCAACCAACAACUGCAAGUGGACCACGCUGGCCUCCAUCGGGAAGGACAUCAUUGAAGACGAGGAUGGGAUUGCCAUGCCGCAUCAGUGGCUGGAAGGAAACCUGCCCGUGAGUGCCAAGUGCACAGUGUGCGACAAGACGUGUGGCAGUGUGCUACGCCUGCAGGACUGGCGCUGCCUCUGGUGCAAGGCCAUGGUGCAUACGUCCUGUAAAGAGUCCUUACAGACCAAGUGCCCGCUGGGCCUGUGCAAGGUGUCGGUCAUCCCACCCACGGCGCUCAACAGCAUCGAUUCUGACGGCUUCUGGAAGGCCACGUGCCCUCCAUCCUGCACAAGCCCACUGUUGGUCUUUGUCAAUUCGAAAAGUGGCGACAACCAGGGUGUGAAGUUCCUCAGAAGAUUCAAACAGCUGCUGAACCCUGCCCAGGUCUUUGACCUCAUGAACGGAGGACCACACCUUGGCUUACGCUUAUUCCAGAAGUUUGAUACAUUCCGGAUUCUGGUUUGUGGUGGGGAUGGCAGUGUUGGCUGGGUUCUCUCUGAAAUCGACAGCCUCAAUCUUCAUAAACAGUGUCAGCUGGGAGUGUUGCCCCUUGGCACAGGGAACGACCUGGCUCGAGUGUUAGGCUGGGGCUCAGCCUGUGACGACGACACCCAGCUCCCGCAGAUCUUGGAAAAGCUGGAAAGAGCCAGCACCAAGAUGCUGGACCGGUGGAGUGUCAUGGCUUAUGAGACCAAACUCCCGCGGCAGGCCUCCUCUUCCAUGGGCACCGAAGACUUCAGUGAGGGCUCUGAGGUGCAACAAAUUCUCUUCUAUGAAGACUCGGUCGCGGCCCAUCUUUCUAAAAUCCUGACGUCCGACCAGCACUCGGUGGUGAUCUCCUCAGCUAAAGUGCUCUGUGAGACGGUGAAGGACUUCGUGGCUCGGGUGGGAAAGGCCUACGAGAAGACCACCGAGAGCUCGGAGGAGUCAGAGGUCAUGGCCAAGAAGUGCUCUGUCCUGAAAGAGAAGCUGGACUCUCUCCUCAAGACCCUGGAUGAUGAGUCCCAGGCCUCUUCCUCCCUGCCCACCCCGCCCCCCACCAUUGCGGAGGAGGUGGAAGAUGGAGAUGGGGCGGGCAGCGGCUGUGGCUCCACAGGGGACCGCUCGGUGGGGUCGGCAUGCCCUGCCCGGCCGCAGAUAUUCCGUCCUCGGGAACAGCUCAUGCUCAGAGCCAACAGUCUGAAGAAAGCCAUCCGUCAGAUCAUAGAACACACGGAAAAAGCUGUUGACGAGCAGAACGCCCAGACCCAGGAACAGGAGGGGUUUGCUUUGGGUCUCUCUGAGUCAGAGGAGAAAAAAGACCUGAAGUCAGAUGACAGAGUGUGUCCCACCGAGAGCUGCGGGGUUGCAAAGGGCAGGAGCCUCCGCAAAGUGUCCAAAUCCCCAUGUGAGAAGCUGAUAAGCAAAGGAAGUUUGUCACUGGGCAGUUCUGCCUCUCUUCCUCCCCAGUCAGGAAACCGGGAUGGCCUGCCAGCCCUGAACACCAAGAUCCUGUUCUCGAAUGUGCGGGCUGGGAUGUCUGGUUCCUUGCCUGGAGGUUCUGUCAUCAGUCGCUUAUUAAUUAAUGCUGAUCCCUUUAACUCGGAACCAGAAAACCUAGAGUAUUACACAGAGAAGUGCGUCAUGAACAAUUACUUUGGCAUUGGCCUGGAUGCGAAGAUCUCCCUGGACUUCAACAACAAGCGUGAUGAGCACCCGGAGAAGUGCAGGAGUCGGACCAAGAACAUGAUGUGGUACGGAGUUCUUGGAACCAAAGAGUUGCUGCACAGAACCUAUAAGAACCUAGAGCAGAAGGUCCUCCUAGAGUGUGAUGGGCGACCCAUCCCACUCCCUAGCCUCCAGGGGAUUGCUGUCCUCAACAUUCCCAGCUAUGCCGGAGGGACCAACUUCUGGGGGGGCACCAAGGAAGAUGAUACUUUUGCAGCUCCGUCAUUCGAUGAUAAGAUCCUCGAGGUGGUUGCUGUGUUUGGCAGCAUGCAGAUGGCCGUCUCUCGUGUCAUUAAACUGCAGCAUCACCGAAUCGCCCAGUGUCGCACGGUGAAGAUUUCCAUCCUGGGGGACGAGGGCGUGCCUGUGCAGGUGGACGGAGAGGCCUGGAUCCAGCCUCCAGGAUAUAUUCGGAUUAUCCACAAGAACCGGGCACAGACACUCACCAGAGAUAGGGCAUUUGAGAACACCCUUAAGUCCUGGGAAGACAAGCAGAAGUGUGAACUUCCUCGCCCUCCGUCGUUCUCUCUGCACCCGGAGAUCCUGUCGGAGGAAGAGGCCACCCAGAUGGACCAGUUCGGACAGGCGGCGGGAGCCCUCAUCCACAGUAUCCGGGAGAUCGCUCAGUCCCAUCAAGACAUGGAGCGAGAACUUGCCCACGCCGUCAAUGCCAGCUCCAAGUCCAUGGACCGAGUGUAUGGCAAGCCCAGAACCACAGAGGGUCUGAACUGCGGCUUUGUCCUGGAGAUGGUGAACAACAUUCAAGCCCUGUGCAGGGAGACAGCACUGCUCCUGGCCGGGAGGGUGGCCCUGCAGUUGGACCCCCCUCAGAAAGAGCGGCUUGGAGCUGCUCUCACAGAGAUGGACCAGCAGCUCAGGAAGCUGGCGGACACCCCCUGGCUGUGCCAGUCCAUGGAGCCUGGUGAUGAAGAGAAUGUGAUGCUGGAGCUUUCCAAACGCAGCCGCAGUGGCAAGUUCCGCCUGGUGACGAAGUUUAAGAAAGAGAAAAACAGCAAGAACAGAGAAGCUCGAAGUAGCCUGGGAGCCCCGGUUCACCUCUGGGGCACAGAGGAGGUUGCUGCCUGGCUGGAGCACCUCAGUCUCUGUGAGUAUAAGGACAUCUUCACGCGGCACGACAUCCGGGGCUCUGAGCUCCUGCACCUGGAGCGGAGGGACCUCAAGGACCUCGGCGUGACCAAGGUGGGCCAUAUGAAGAGGAUCCUGUGUGGCAUCAAGGAGCUGAGCCGGAGCACUCCUGCCACCGAGGCCUAGCCCUGGCCCUGUCGGCCUGCGUCCCCUGCGCCCCCCACGACUAAGGCCAGGCGCAGCGCCUGCCCCUUCUCAUGGUGCUACUCCCUUUGCUCCAGACAGGAAGCCUUGCAGACGCCCGUUCUGUGACUGCUCCGGGGUCUCGAACACACCAACAUAGCUACCUUGAAACAGCGCCUCGUCCCACCCGGCGUUAUGUGGGGCGGACCGCCACCUCCCCUCCGCUCUUGCUGACCUGUGACCUGGGCCGGGCCUGACCUCCUGGGCCCUGGGGCUGCCUGGGAUUGUCCUGUGGGUUCCUCAUGGUGAGCCUCAUCAUCGCACACCGUGUGGCAUCUCCCGGGCGUGCAGAAAUUGACCCAGCUGGCAGCCUCCUGCACUGGAAAGUUCUUUCUGUGCCCACCAGCCACCCAGGUCUUGACAGCACCCCUUCCAGGCCACCCUCAGCUGAUGUCCCAUUUAUGGAUGAGGUCUUUCACAAAGAUCUGCCUCUUGUCACUUGAGUGUGGCAGGAAUGCAUUGCCAGUCCUGUCCGUUGUCACUAGACCUGGAGAGGAGGCAAACUUGUCCUUCCUAAAGCCGGGUAAACGGGUGGCUGUGAUCUUGGGCUCCCAGAUCCCUUCCCUAUUGCUUUUGGUCCCUUGUCCUGGUUGGUGCCCU